AAACUAUAUAUAGAUCGACAAACGUCUGUCAGAUCAUAUCUCUCUUAACAUAGCUUGAGUUGUUGUCUUCUCUGAUUCUGAAAACAUUUCCAAAAUGAUCCUUUUAAUUUCAUUCUUAAUAGGGAUACAGAUCCUUGAUGCAUUGGCUACCUCUCCACCUCGUCAGUUUCUUUACGCACCGUGCAACUCUUCAAACGUAAAGGAUGCUGCGGAAGCAGCCAUUAAUGAACUCAAUGCACAUCGGAGCGAAGGCUACGUUUUUAGAGUCCAACGUAUUUUUAAUGCCCAAGAAAUACGCGAGGAGGGAAAUACUCUUUUCUACCUCGUUUUGGAUGUGUUAGAAACCGAAUGCCAUGUCCUGAGCAGGAAAUCGUGGAAAGAAUGCAACAUUAGAAGUUUUUCUAAGGCAGUCUAUGGCCAGUGCAAAGUAAUCAUUAACUUCAACAGGCAUUCAGACGAUUGGCACUUGCGCAAUUAUGAGUGUAUUUUACAACCAGUUUCUAGUUCAGCUAUUGUGGAUCUUAGCCCCAAUUGCCCAGUGCCUGGAGAUCCUUCUGAAGCCACUUUUCAGGAGACAGCAGCAGAGACCCCUGAGCUCCAUUUUCUCUG